AUGGUGCCUUUUGCAGCAGACACGGCUGCUGGCAUGGCCCAGCGCUAUCGCGCCCAGCACCCUCCAACCCUGCAGAUGGUCAAAGAGGCGCUGCGGGCCCACGAUGAGAAGAAGGGCGCCUCUGUCAUUGCCAUCAAGCGUUUCAUCCUGGCCAAGUACCCCAGCGUGGACCCCAUCCGCCUCAAGUAUCUGCUGAAGCAGGCUCUGAGCAAGGGGCUGAGCUGUGGGGACCUGGUGCGGCCGCACAAUUCCUCUGCUGUGGGGGCCACGGGCACCUUCAAGUUAGCGCUCAAGAAACCACGGCACAAGCAGCAGCUGGGGCAGGCUGAUCCUGACCGAGGACAGAAAGGGACCGGCCCAGCGCCUGUGGCAGGAGCACGACAGAGAGGUGCCUGCCCUUUUUCUCCAGGUGCCACGAAGCAGCAGCCCAAGGCAAAGGCCCUGAAUGCCCAGCCASGAGCGGCAGAGAAGCCCAGCAGUGRCAGAACAAAGCACCCACAAGCUGCUGACUGGCCCCAGGCUCACGGCCCAGGGCUCUCAGGGCCCCCAAAGCACCGCCAGAAAGGACACGCAGCACCCAGCACAGCCMUGGCUGCUGACACUGCAGCAGGGGCUCAAAGUCAAUCUUCUGCAGGUGCAGGGCUGAAGGAGCCUCAAAAGGCCCCGAGGGGAAAGAACAAGGGGAAGGUGGCCCGGGGGGCACAGCAGGAUGGCCCCAAGGCACAGGGAGGUCAGGACCCGUCAGGGAAGCCCCGGGUGACCCCAGGAGCUGGGCAGGGGAAGGCCAGGGUGAAAAAGGCAGCCCCCAGGGCAGGGGACACAAAGACUCCAUAG